AUGGGUAGCCACCGCCAUAAGCUCACCGAGCUCGUUCGCGAGGCAACUUCCUCCGUGAUUGCUCACUCAGAACGACUGUCCGGCCACCGCGAUAAGAAUCGCACGCCAGCUUCUGCGGGAAGAGUAGUGGUCUAUCACCAAACACAUCAUCAACCGAAUGAUGGUCCGCCAGUGUCCCUGCUGCCUUUGAUCAGCAAUAACACAGGAGUCACGCAUGUGAUCAUUGCCGCGAUUCACCUCAAUGACCCAGCCGGUAACAUUACUCUCAAUGAUCAUCCGCCAGAUCAUGAACGCUUCAACACGCUGUGGGGCGAGGUGGCCUGGCUUCAAGCAAGUGGUGUGAAAUGUAUGGGACUGCUCGGUGGCGCUGCGCAAGGAUCUUUCGGCCGAUUAGAUGGCGAAGAUGUUGCGCGCUUUGAAUCGUACUACAUUCCUCUGCGAGACAUGAUCCGCAAACACGGACUCAAUGGACUCGAUCUUGACAUCGAAGAACCUACUUCUCUCCCGGGAACUAUCCGUCUCAUAGAUCGGCUCCGAGCAGACUUUGGCAGCGACUUCAUCAUCACACUCGCGCCGGUCGCCACCGGUUUAUUACCUAACCAACCGCAUCUCUCUGGCCCAGCGUUCGAAUAUAGACAACUGGAACAAAUGCGAGGACAUGAGAUCGCAUGGUAUAACACACAAUUCUACUGCGGCUGGGGCGACGCAGGCACAACAAGCUGGUACGAUGCCAUCAUCAGCGUCGGCUGGAAUCCCUCAAAAGUCGUAAUGGGCCUCAUCACCAACCCGGCCAACGGCGCCGGCCACGUCGAAUGGCCACGUCAACGACCUGUCCUCCAAGCUCUGCGGCAGAAAUAUCCCAACUUCGGCGGUGUGAUGGGAUGGGAGUACUUCAACGCUUUGCCAGGAGGUAAUGAGAAGCCAUGGGAGUGGGUGAAGAACAUGGGAGAUGUGAUGGGAGCGCCGAUUGUGCAUCCUCCGCCGCCACAGCAGCAGGUCCCGUUCAGACCGUACGGGCAACCGGGACCUGCUCAGCUACCGCAGCCAGCGCACAAUUUUCCGGCGGAGAGUAUAGCGACGCUCAAGGAUUUGGGAUUCAAUGAGCAGCAGGCCGUUGCUGCGUUGAACUCGACUGGCGGGAACGUAGAGUACGCAGCGGGAUUGCUGUUUCAGGAUUGA